ACUUAUUACUUCUUUUUAGCACUGAACUUUUCACCUCUGCUGAUGAAGUAUCAACACACCCUCAUGGAUCGCCAUUCUUCUGCUGCACACCGCACAAAAAAAAACUCAUGAACAGCACAAACAUCACCAACACCCUCUUCAGCGUCGAAAAUAUCCUUAGUGAUCACGGCGAAAGUGUAAACCCCACCUUCGCCUUGGUUGGAUCUGCGUUGGCCCUUGUUAUCGGUUCUGUGGCAUUGCUCGCCUCCUGGCCUUCUUGCCGUAUUCUUGUCGUCCCUUUGUUUCUGUUUGUGGUGGCAUGCUCUCUCUUUGUGUGGUAUUCUUAUUCACUUCGAAAGCUCGACAACGCAGACUAUCAGGGUCUGGUCCGGGUGAUUGACGUGACAUAUGACAAACGAGUCGAGGUAGUUGUCCAGAACAACAACAAUAACAACAACAACAACAACAACCAGCAACAAAGCUACAACCACGUACCCUACAACAGCAACAAGCAAGAGAGAAAGGUAACCUACACUUGGCACUAUGAUGCCGUGGUUUCGGUGGACUGGGGAUAUGAGUGGGCUUGUUCCGCCCAUCUUGACGGCUCGGGCCAACCCAAACAGUGCUUUUCCAUAGUGCCACUAUGCUCUCAGCGGAUUUGCAGCCGCACGGGCAAUAGCGGCAGACGCAGUUGCACUUAUGAGAGUGAGCAACGCGCUCUCAAUGACGUUAGGGAGUGCAUGGCAAAGCGCUUCAACGGGACACGUAUCCAUAGUAUUACCGACAGCUACACUCCCUUUGAUCCUUUUGUGGGUCCUUCACAGGACGUUGACUGGCCCAGCAUAAUCGCUUAUGGAGACUGUGACACGUGUGAGAUCCAUGUGGACCUUGCCUCCGCAGAGACCCUGAGGAGAAUACGCACUGCGGGGUUUGUCUUUUUGUUCGUUAGCCUUGCAAUGUUGGCCGCCCUUCUUCUGGUGGCUUUGUGUAAUACGCUAGACUGCGAACGACGCAAGCGCCAGUUUCCGAGAAAACGGAAAGAUAGCAGUGCUCGUGCUCCCAGUAACAAGCACAAGUGGGUGGCAAAGCCCGGUGUUGACAACAUCGUGGCUGAUCCCUGGGGCUUUCCAGAGAUUACGGCACUCCCCGCAGGAAAAGACGAAGAAAAUCCGCCACAACCCAAGGUUCCCAAUGAAGAAACGGAAAUUGUUGUGGAGCCCGAAGAAGGAGGGGAACAGGAGGAGGGAACCGGUGUACCCAAACACGAUCAUUUCGACAAGGACGCGGAAGAUGAAGACAAGGACGCGGAAGAUGAAGAUUUAGAGGGUUUCAGAUCUUGCCGCGAGUGGUGAUACGACUGUACCAGUUCCAUCCUUGGCUUCAUGGGCCGCGCCUCUGGGUACUGUCGAGGGGGCGCCGGUACAGAAUAUGCGGGGUGACCGGCUUCCAGAGUAUUGGCCGCUGGUUUCUUUUCUGUACCAUGAACGAAGCAUCCAAGUGUGCUGGCUAGGGUUUGAUUCCGAGUGACAAUCAUUCAUCCUGCCAGCCCAGACGCCAGCAACGGUCAUGCAAAAAAAAGUAUAGGUAGAAAUUGUUAUCGCACUAUUUUAAAAUGUUAUUUACUGAUAGACGGACAUGGAUGGCUGGAUGGCAUCUUGAGGUCACUAAGAAGCAACGAGGUCGGUGGGUUUAUUGUGCCUGCCACGCGGCGUUGAUUUUUUGGAUGUUGUCACUGAGUAUGAAGAGCCGUGACAUCGCCUUUAAACUCAUCAACGAAGCAUAGAUUCCUUUUGGAUUUCACCUACGGUCACGCAGCAUCCACACUUGGGGAAAAGAUUCAAGCCCAAGACGUUGACAGCCAAAGGCACCUCGCUAUUGCACGGGAUGGCAGCGGAAACGACUGCACAGCACCCUUGAAGCUGGAUAUUCACCAAGCUCAAACCAUCGCACUCACAUUUUGGACCAAUACAGCCACAUGGUAGACAAGGGGCGCUCGGCUUGCAGCAAACUUCACAAUUCAGGCAGCAAAGGCCGAUUUUUCCAGAACAUCCAAUGCUACUCGUAGAGGAGAGGAGCAAGAUAAUCAGCCGUCGUCUUCAGUCAAAGGCAUAACACAGAGGGAGAAGACUGAUAACAUGAUGUAGAUGUAACUCACCAGUCGGCGUCAUUGUAGUACCCACAAUUCGCACAGCACAGGGCACAGCAGAGGAUGAUGUUUUCCUCGUCGACGGCGUCUUCGUCACUGAACAAUGUCAUGUUUGCUUUCUAUCCCGCUGCUGUUAUGGGUUUCUCAAGUACAAAUAAUAUGAGCUCUCAGUGGAUUGCCACGAUCAGUGUUCCGUGAAUGGAGAUCUCUCUUGCUCUGAAGGUUCCGGGAAGAUCUCUUGCUCUGCCCUCAACGCCCCACCAGCGCCAUGUUGGUGGGUGUUUGCAUCGCUGAUUUUCCGUUGACUCACAGCGUACUCUACGAGGUUGUUGCCAUCGCGGCAUUGGUGCUAAGGUAAUAAGCUGGCAAGGCUGCUGGAGGGGAGCCUCCUCCGAAGGAGAAGCAACUGCAAUUGAUUCGAUUCGAUUCCUCUUUCCUUGAGCCCAGCGGUCACCGGUACUGGUAGUCGAUUCUACCGUAGUGUUUCCCUGCGACCCUAAUUUGUACGUGCUUUACAACUGGUGGCUAGCUACUCGGAUUCCAUCUACCGGUAGUGCCGGUGGAGAGGCGAAAUGUGCAGCAUGUGCAGCUCUACCUAGCAGCAAAGAAGUGAGUGUUUUGCUCAUUACUCCUCCUUGUUGUGCCUGCCGCCCCAGAAAGAGGAUCAGCAAAUUGAUGUUCCGAUCGGUCCGUGGUAUCUGGCUAAUACGCACACUUGAAACAUGCACUUCAGGCUGUCACAACAAAGCGGUUCCCUCACGUUGCUUGCUUCAAAUCUUCCUCCUGUGCUACUGGAGUAUAUGUCUUGCAAAGGAUUCGGCAUUGUCCAAAUACAAAUGAUGCCCGGCAUUUGGCACAAUAGAUAUAGAUGCAACGUCAUUCGAAUUUGAUUGUUGAGACAGGUAGCUCAAAGCUUUCCUGGCACUUGGUUCGUUGGGCCUCAUCCAAUCAUGGUCUCCAUAGAGGACCUUCCAGUGGAGCUUUGAUUCUUGUCGUGUGUGUUGCCGUUGGGCAUACUCUUGAAAUAGUGGUUCCAGAGGUUCUCUGGCGAAUACUCCUGCAAUGUCUGGAGACAUGCCGGGUUCCAGCAACGAGUUGAUGGCAAACUCUCCAGAAGGAUGAGCAGCUGUAAUGUGAAAGAGAUAAUUUGCCAGAAUCUCUAGGACAUGAUCGUCAGAGUCUCCGGCCGCCAGCUGAGGGAUCCUACCAGCCAAAGCACGACGAACGGCAUUUCUCCCCCGAGUGGCACCCAUCAUUCGGACCAGCUGUUGAGGAGUGACAUUGGCACUCCAGAGGGCAUCCACCAACCGAAUAGCCGUUGGCAUUUGUGCCGAAGGCAGCAAAUUCGUAGGUUUAGAAGGGAAUCCCACAGGAGAAGCUAAGAUAACCUUCUCCAUGUUUAUAGUGGAUCCAGCACUGUUGCCGGCAGUGGAGUGUUGAAGAGCAUAUCUUGCCACGAGGUAUCCACCCAGUGAAUGUCCGACCAGCCAAGUCGACUCGUUCUCUCCUAUUUCUUCUUGAAAGAGUUGAUGCAAUGGAUCCAGAAAAAAAUCCACAGCUUGCGAGGGAUUGAACCUAGAUUGACACCAUGCCGUCGUACAAUCCGAUAGCCCGCGAAUGGGUCUUCGGCAAUAGGGUCGGUCCGAACCUCCCAUGCCCAACCAAUCCACCAGCAACACACGCCCAACCCUCCCACUGUCAAGAAGUGGAUCGAUGUUCCUGAAAAAGAAGCCCAAGCCACUCCCGUAGCCAUGAAGCAAGACGACUGUGGGAGGCUCGGUAGCAGUGGGCGUCCCGCUGCUGCGAUCGUUGGUAAACUCGGCCACGUUCAUUCCAUGCCGUUUCGCAACGGAUACUAGAGGUGCCCUUACAAAAGUCUUUAGCAGCCUUUCCUGAGCAUCAAACAGUUGCUUAUCAUUCGUCCCAGUCCACCAUUGUCGCAAGGCUCGGACAAUCAUGGCUAUGCCUGUUGUUAUCUUCGAAGUGCAGGUGAAUGAUGAUGAUGUCGGGGAGGAGGCAGGUUGGCUGUUGUAUCGUUCGAUCUACGAUAGGGUGAAAGCUACCGGUUUACUUUAGUU